AUGCCAGACUUCGAAGCAGCGCAUUGUCAAGAAACCAAAUCGUUGACGAGAACGUCUUCCAGCUCGUCAAAGCGAGUCUUUUCAGGACUGCUGCAGCCGCGAAAGGUGCUGAAAAGGACAAGGACAAGAAGUUCGAAGGUUCAUCGGUGGAGCAGUAGCUCUACUGAAUCCGAUGGGGAGCAAAAGAAUGCGAAGGAGAAGAAGACGGAGAAAGUACCGCCAUCGGGUUUGCUCAAUGAAUCAACUUCACAACCUGCAGCAUCUUUGAUAGUACCACCACCUCCGCCUCCAAGCGUAUUUGUGAGCCCCAGUUAUGUAGCUCCUCAACAACUACCUCAUGUUGAAGUUGGGCCUCCAAAAGCUGGACCUCCUCCGCCUGUAAACAUGCCUGUCCCUCAUCCUGGUGCACCGGUUCCUCUACUGCCAACACAUCUACCUCCUCCACCGUUCCCUAUGCCUCAUGUAAAUCCUCCUUUCGUUGGAGCUCCACCUUUCAAUCCUCUUCUACCUCCGCCGCCGCCAGGUUUUCCUCCACCUCAAACUCAUAUUUACCCAAAGCGGGAAUUUCCGAGGGUGGCUUUGCGAUUUGUCGAAGAUUGCUCGCCACGUCCAACUACAUCAUCUGCAUCAUCACAGCAAACUUUGGCUGAUCGAGUUGCAAGCAUCUUUGGUGGUGAUGCACUUCUGGGCUCAUCAAACACUUCCCAAAGAGGGUUUACAACGCCUCCUCGAGCUGCAUCAACCAGCGCUGCCUGUGAUGAUUUGGAUGAUAUGGAUGUCGAUGUGGGUUCUUCGAUAUCCCCACCUCCUGGAGCAUCCACUUCUCAGAGUCCUAAGACCCACGCGCGAGCUAAACAGAGGAAGAUGCGUCAAAGAGGAAAAGAUAGAUCUUCUGACAGAGACAAGAGGCGAUUCAUGCGAAAUGUGAACGUUGUACGUGAAGCUACUGAAAAGAUCAUAGGCGAAGAAAUCGUCGACGUAAUCACAAAAGACUUCUACAAGCGUAUUGAAGGUGUUAGCUUUGAGAUACUUGAGGAAGUGCUCGCUGAGAUUCGCCACGAGCUGGAAGAGCAGAAGCGGAACGAGGCAAGCUGA